GCCCGUGUCGGAAGUGGGUCGCCAGCGCAGCGGUUCUUCGCAGACGCAGCCGGCUUUGGGGUUCGGGCUGCGCGGCGGCCACGGGGUGUUCCGAGGCGCUCACGAACGCGUCUGCGGGCCACAAUGUCGCACGCUUCCCCCCAGGCUAAGCCGUCCAACCCCAGUAACCCCCGAGUCUUCUUGGACGUGGACGUCGGAGGGGAGCGAGUUGGUCGAAUUGUCUUGGAAUUGUUUGCAGAUAUUGUACCCAAAACUGCAGAAAAUUUUCGUGCAUUGUGUACAGGAGAAAAAGGCAUUGGACCCACCACUGGGAAACCUCUACAUUUCAAAGGAUGUCCUUUCCAUCGUAUUAUUAAGAAAUUUAUGAUUCAGGGUGGAGACUUCUCAAAUCAGAAUGGGACAGGUGGAGAAAGUAUUUAUGGUGAAAAAUUUGAAGAUGAAAAUUUCCAUUAUAAGCAUGAUAAGGAGGGAUUACUGAGCAUGGCAAACGCAGGCCGCAACACAAACGGCUCUCAGUUCUUCAUCACGAUGGUUCCGACUCCUCACCUGGAUGGCAAACACGUAGUGUUUGGCCAAGUGAUUAAAGGAAUGGGUGUGGCAAGGAUUCUGGAGAACGUGGAGGUGAAAGGUGAAAAACCUGCCAAAUUGUGCGUUACUGCAGAUUGCGGAGAACUGCAGGGAAGGGAUGAUUGGGGAAUAUUCCCCAAGGAUGGAUCUGGUGACAGUCAUCCAGACUUCCCCGAGGACGCAGACAUAGAUGUAAAAGAUGUAGAUAAAAUUUUAUUAAUAACGGAAGACUUAAAAAACAUUGGAAAUACUUUUUUCAAAUCCCAGAACUGGGAGAUGGCCAUUAAAAAAUACACAAAAGUUUUAAGGUAUGUGGAAGCCUCGAAGGCUGCUACUGAGAACGCAGGCGGAGCAAAGCUGCAGCCUGUCGCUUUGAGCUGCCUGCUAAAUAUCGGCGCCUGCAAACUGAAGCUGUCCGAUUGGCAGGGAGCAGUCGACAGCUGUUUGGAGGCCCUUGAAAUAGAUCCGGCAAAUACCAAAGCACUGUACCGUAGAGCCCAAGGAUGGCAAGGACUAAAAGAAUACGACCAAGCACUGAGGCACAGUCCUGACACCUUGCUGGAGCACCAAGAGCCUGUCAUCCACACGGCUCAGGAUAAAAGGGAGAAAAAAAGAAAGAAGGCUGAUCUUAAGAAAGCUCAGGAGAUAGCACCAGAGGAUAAAGAUACUGCAGAACGCCUGUUACAGGCCAGGCUCCAGUCACGCUGCAGAAAGCACAAGUCAGGGUCCCUGCCUUCAGCUUACACUCCAGCCGCUUUCCACGUGUCUGAAGACUGUUUGCUCUGCUGUCCUGUAAUUCUAGAUGGAAGAGCAGCAUUAGAAGACACAGUAUUUAGGGCGAAUUUAGUGUUUGGGACCAUUUCUUAAGCCGAACGUGGCCAUGACCUAAGUAUUCUAGCUACCGAAUAUGUUUUAGGAAAGGUUUGGAAAGCUGUGACAAAAAUAAGCCUGUUUUUCAGAUAAACCAAGUACAAAUGGUGAUUCUAGGUCUAGAUGUGGAAAUAGGUCUUUGGGGAGGCACUUCAUUGGGGUCCCCCCUCUGAUGGAAGGGAGAAGGCACAUCUGUGUGUAAUUCAGUUCUCUCGGUGGACAGUCUCCUAAAAUUGUGCUCUGUGGUUUUUAUGUUUGUGUGGUCACUUUCUCCAAGUAAAAUACUCUGUUAAUAGGGCUUAGUUACUCUUUGAAGAGUUAUAUCAUUUUUUAUCAUACUACAGCAUCAGUUUGCUGGUCAGCCUCAUUUUUUGGUUUUGAGAAAUAACUCAUGUUACAUAUUUAUUUUGCAGCUAUCCAGGCAGAAUUGCUGAAAGUCAAGCAAAAGAUAAAGGCACAGAAAGAUAAAGAGAAGGCAGCUUAUGCAAAAAUGUUUGCUUAAUAAGGAAUUCAGUUUUGCUUAAGUAUGCAUUGGUUGUCUAAAGCGAGUAAGACAAUUUAAGGGUCUUGUCUAUUAAUGUAUGGUCCCUAACGUGCUCCCUCUGAGACUUCAGUUCCCAUUGUUCGCAGUCUAGGAAUACAGGUAGGGAUUCAGUCUUAAUAGACCAGUGUUACAAAAUGGUGAAGUUGAACUCAUUUUAAAUGGCUCUCUGCAUUGCAAAGGAUAAUGGUGUCCAGUGUAUUUUAAACUCCUAGACACAUCUUGUUUGAAUAAACAGAUGAAAACUUAA